AUGUUCCGCACCGCGCUCCUCCGUUCGGCCCCCCGCGCCGCUUCCGCCGCCCGCCCUGCGCGCCGAACCCUCGCCAACAUCGCCAGGCCCAUCCGCUCCGUCGCCAUGGCCCCCCGAGUUCAGAGCUUCCAGGCCGUGAGAAUGUACAGCGCGGGUGGUAGCCUGAACAAGGAGGAGGUCGAGGGAAGAAUUUUCAGCCUGCUGCAGGGCUUUGACAAGGUCAACGACACCGCCAACAUCAAGCCCACCGCCCACUUCGCCAAUGACCUCGGUCUCGACAGCCUCGACACCGUCGAGGUCGUCAUGGCCAUCGAGGAGGAGUUCAGCAUCGAGAUCCCCGACAAGGACGCCGACUCUAUCCACUCCAUUGAUCAGGCCGUCACCUACAUCCUCAACCAGCCCGAUGCCUCCUAA